AUGGGCGCCAACAUGGCGCGGCGGCUUGUCGCCGGCGGCCAUCGUGUCGUCACUUACGACCUCGACGCUACUGCCGUGGCAACCAGCACAGAGAACGGCAGCGAGGGCGUUACCUCCCUUGAGGAACUGGUCAGCUGCCUGCCGUCCCCGCGCGCCGUAUGGAUGAUGCUUCCCAUCGGCCAGCCCACCGAGGACACCAUCGCCGCCCUUGCGCCCUUGCUCUCCCCGGGCGACAUCCUCCUCGACGGCGGCAACGCCAACUACAAGGACAGCAUCCGUCGCGCUCGCGAGAUGUCGGGACGUGGCAUAGAGUACAUCGACGUAGGCAUAAGCGGAGGCAUCUGGGGCUUGGCCCACGGCUUCUGCCUGAUGGUUGGCGGUCCCGCAGACGCGGUCAAGCGGAUGGAACCCGCCUUCCGUACCCUGGCUCCCGCCGAGGACGUCGGCUACUGCCAUUUCGGGCCCAGUGGCGCCGGCCACUACGUGAAGAUGGUGCACAAUGGCGUCGAAUACGCCCUGAUGCAGUCCUACGCCGAAGGUUUCGAGCUAUUGGCUGCCAAGGAGGAGUUCGACCUCGACCUCGCUGCAGUCGCCGAGACCUGGAGCCAUGGCAGUGUGGUGCGCUCGUGGCUACUGGAACUGACCGCAGCCGCCUUGAAGGACGACCCCGGUCUGGAGAGUUUACAGGCCUUUGUAGAGGACUCCGGCGAGGGCCGCUGGACGGUCCAGGAAUCGGUCGACCUUGCUGUUCCGAUACCCGCGAUUACUGCUGCGCUGCAGCAACGCUUCCGCUCUCGCCAGGACGGCCCUCUGGGCGCCAGGUUGCUGGCUGCUCUGCGGCAGCAGUUCGGCGGCCACGCCGUGCGGCGCAGCGGCGACUAG